AUGUCUACCGCUGAUGCUAAAGAUGCUGACAAGACAGAUAAAGAUGAUACCAGUGAUGCUUGUGCACUUGUGGAGGAGAAAGAGGAAAUGAAAGAGCUUUUACCAGACUCUAAUAGACCCAUCUUACAAGAUACUGCAGAGACUCAGAACACUGCUGAGAUUACACAGCCUGCGGAAUAUAAGUAUAAAGAAGGGAAGAAGGAUUUAUCCAGUUGUCUUUACUCCGCUCUGCCAGAGACCAGAGAGAUGCAGUUUGCCAGAGAGGCCAAGUACAGGCAGGCUGCGAGACAGGUCCUGUCUUCUCCAUCAUACUUUCUUCUAUCAGAAACACCAGAGACACUACACGCUAAAAAAGUCUCUCAGCUUCUGAGCAAGAAUAAAUACAGGGAGGAAAGUAGAACAGAGAUGCAGAACUGUCUGUACUCUCUGCUCUCAGAAACCACAGAGAGUCAGUUCGCUAAAUCAGUGUCUGAUUUAGUAAGUGAGACUAAGUACAAGCAAAAAGCAAAGGAGAGGGUUUCUAGUUUUAUCUCCUCCAAUCUGCCUCAAACACAUGAGAUGCAGCUGACCAAUGAGAUGACCAAUGCUGAAGCCCUCCAGAAAAUGGAUGAAACUGACUCUGAGUCAGAUCUGUCUAACUGCCUCUAUUCUCAGAUGGCUGAGACAAUUCAGACUCGUUUUGCAAAAGAGUUGGCUCCUACAUUAAGUGAGUAUCAGUACAAACAGGAAGGGAAAAAGGAGCUUGCCAACUGCCUCUAUGCCCUCCUGCCUAAAACCAGAGAAACACAGCAUGCCAAGGAGCUCUCUCAGCUCUACAGCAAGAAACAUUAUAAAGAAGGAGGGAAGAAGGAUGCAGAAGCAUGUCUUUAUGCUCAGAUGCCACAGACUAUUGAGACAGUGUUUGCUAAGGAAGUGACCAAUCAUCAGAGUAACAAACUCUACAAGGAAAAAUACAAUGCAGAGAAAGGGAAGUCCCUCUAUGCCUCCAUGAAAACACUGCCAGCUAUGGAGCACGCCAUGGAGGUCAACAAGGAGCAGAGCAAUGUGAACUAUAGAAAAGGGAUUCAACAGGUUCACAAGUUCCAUGAAGUAGCAGACAGGCCAGACAUCCUGAGAGCCAUUCAAGCUACGAAACUAGCCAGUAAUGUGGCCUAUAAAAAUAAGGUGGACACCUUUAAAGAACAGGCACUUUUGCAGAGACCUGAUAUUGACCACGCCAUGCAAGCGGCUAAAGUUGCCAGCAAGGUUCACUACAAGCAGAAGUUUGAAGGAGACCAGAGAGCCCACAAGCCAGUGUACAAUCCCAGUGACUGCUUAUCAUUUAAACACGCAAAAGCUGCCACAGCACUUAUCAGUCAGGUGCAGUAUAGGAAGAAGUAUGAAGAGGCUAAGGGACAGUAUCACUUCUCCCUGAACACAGCAGAACAUCUCCACCAUAAAGAGAAUAGUGUUCUGCAGAGUCAGGUGAGGUACAGACAGGACUAUGAGAAGAAUAAGAGUAAAGUGAAGAUGGAGUUUGGAGACACGCAGUUCUACAGAGUGUCCAAAGAGGCUCAGAAACUGCAGAGUAAGAAGGAGUACUGUAAAGACUAUGAGAACUGCAUUAAAGGAAAAGUUCAGAUGGAUGUAGAAUCAACACCUGGAUACCUGAGUGCAUGCAGUGCCAACAGACUCCUGAGUGAGAAGGAGUACUGUAAGGACCUGAAGACGGAGAUCACAGGGAAGCGUGUGGAUAUUGGGACUGAUGCAGUGGAGAUACAGAGAGCUAUGAAAACAUCACAAAUAACCAGCCAGAAAAAGUAUAAGGAUAAUGCAGAGGCGCUGAAGUGCUCGUAUGCUGUGAUGCCAGAUACACCAGAAAUGGAGAGAGCCAAGAUCAACCAGCGCAACAUCAGUUCAGUGAGGUACUCUUGGGAUGUAAAGCAUAUGAAGAGGCUGACGCUGGCUGUAACUGAGACUCCAGAGAUUAUACUGGCUAAAGAGAACACCAAGAAGAUCAGCAACGUAAAGUACAGGGAGGAGGUGGGGAGUGGGAUAUCAGUAAAGGACACCCUUGAAAUGGAAAGAGCUCGGAGGAACCAGAUGAACAUUAGCUCAGUAAAGUAUCGUGAGGACUUUGAGCGGACACGUGGGAGGAGCUGCACUCCUGCUCUGAAAAACACUGGUACUGGCCGACAGGUGUGGAGAACUGAUCCAGGCUCCAUAUUUGACUUUGAUCCUGUGGAGGACAAUAUUCAGUCUAGAAGCCUGCGCAGAAUGUCUGAGCGGCCAGGUCACGUCAGCAGGCACUCUGUGCUUUCCUGUGCUGAGUCUGUGUGCAGCUCAUCGGUAUCUGAGGAAUGGGGCGAUGAGAGCACGUCUUCAAACAGCAGCAUGUCCACAUUGCGGAACACACCCAGCACAGCUUCUGUUAUUUCAGAUCCUGUCCAGCAGAUCAGCCAAAGCCACCACCUACAACCACAUCAUCAGCAGGGGUACACAGCUGUUCAAACUGUUCAGUCUACGCCACAUUUAGACAUAAUGAGAGUGUAUCGCGCUCUGUAUGAUUACACAGCUCAAGAUCAUGAUGAGGUCUCCUUUCAGGACGGUGAUGUCAUCAUCAGCCUGCAGCCGGUUGAUGAAGGCUGGAUGUACGGCACUGUACAGAGAACAGGACAGGCUGGCAUGCUGCCAGCUAAUUAUGUGGAGUGUUUAAGUUAAACCUGACUGUCAGAUUAAUUCUCACCAGCAUGUGUGUGUUUCACUGUUAUGUUAGUGCUUAUACUACACUUGUAUUUACGCAUAGUUUUGAGCACAUUUGUACUUUGUACUCAUGUAUUUACUAAUAUUUAAUACUGUUAUUUGGUUCAUUCCAGAGGAUCGACUACCUUUUACUGCUUAACUGUUUUCUUUUUUUUACUGUUGGGUUGAGAAUGGUCCAUCACCCAAACAUGGUAAAUAUGGGUAACAGGCAGACCAGUGAUAACUGAACAACAGGCUACAGUAUGAUGUUUAACAUCUUUCUAAACUGUAAUGUAGGUCUGCCUCAUAUGUACAAAAUGGGAGCAUAUAAAAAUGUACGUAUUUAAAAAAAUAGAAUAAAUAUUAAAAAGUAUAAUCUGGUGCACCUUAUGUAUGAAUUUUACUAGUCAGGUUGUAGGAAGCAGUAAAGCUACUCUGCUAAAGCACAGCAUUAUACAGGAGUUUCAGUGAAGUUUUCCAACACCGAGACUGGAGUAGCAUCAGCAUUAGCCGCUAACAGUGCUAAGCGCUAGCUCUUUUACCAUUUAGAAAUAAGUAUUAUAGGCCAGUAACCUGCUGCUAACCCUGGCUAGCACUGCUAAAGCAGCAUUAGCAUUAGCCGCUAACCGCACUAGCUCUUUCAUUGUUCA